AUGUCGACUGAAAUUGCGGAAGAAGCUGGGCCAAACGGCCAUUCUGCCGACAAUGCUCAAGCUGAGGACGACGUGCAAAUGAACGAUGUCCCGGCGGAGGAUCCUGAGAAAGACGAACCAGACGUGAAAUUGGAAGACCUUUUCGACGAUUCCGACUCUGACGAACUAGUUAGGACUCCUCCGUCGAGCGGGGAGGAGGCGCAGUCGAAGCCAUCAUUGAAUGUGAUGGGCACGGCGUCCGAUCCGGACCUUCUUCGAAUCUUCUAUCAACGACUAUUCCCUUGGCGAUACCUCUUCCAAUGGCUGAAUCAUAGCCCCUAUCCGACACCCGACUUCAUUCACCGUGAAUUUGCCUUUACGCUGCAGAAUGAAGCCUAUCUCCGCUACCAGAGCUAUCCCACAUCUGACCUCCUGCGCAAGGAUGUUGUCAACAUAAUACCGUCUCGUUUCGAAAUCGGACCCGCGUACAGCUUCAACCCCCGCGACCGAAAAUCGAACCCCACCGCGUUCAAGCCUGUCUCCAAAGAACUUUGCUUCGACAUUGAUCUUACAGACUACGAUGAUGUGAGAACGUGUUGUGACAAGGCCAACAUUUGCCAGAAAUGCUGGACAUUCAUCACCAUGGCUAUCAAAGUGGUAGAUGUUGCCCUGCGGAAAGACUUUGGCUUCAAGCACAUUAUGUGGGUAUACUCCGGUCGAAGAGGUGCUCACGCGUGGAUCUCUGACCGUGCGGCGAGGAACAUGACGGACCAACAGAGGAAAGCGGUAGCUGGGUACCUUGAGGUGGUACGGGGUAGUUCGCAGAACGGAAAGAGGGUGAAUUUGCCGAGGCCUUUACAUCCUCACCUGAAGCGGAGUUUUGACAUUCUCGUCGGCCAUUUCGCCGACGAUAUCCUGGAAGUCCAGGAUCCGUGGGGGACUGAAGAACAGGCGGAAAAAUUGCUCCAACUGCUUCCCGACAAGACAUUGAACGACGCGCUACGUAGCAAAUGGGAAAAAUCGCCGGGCCGCUCUUCGGUUGCUAAAUGGGGAGAUAUCGAUACUGUCGCUAGAUCCGGAGCAAGUAAGCGUCUCGACGGCCAGGCUCUUCUCAAAGCCAAGCAAGACAUCGUCUUCGAAUACGCUUAUCCUCGCCUGGAUAUCGAAGUCAGCAAAAAGCUCAAUCACUUGCUCAAGAGUCCGUUCGUCGUGCACCCUGGUACCGGUCGUGUCUGCGUGCCCAUCAACGUGAAGGCGCUGGAAGACUUUAACCCUCUCACCGUGCCUACCAUCCAAGAGCUGCUCAAGGAGAUUGAUGAAUGGAAGGAGGAAGAGGGAGCUGCGUCGCAGGAUAGUGGCAAGGGAACUCCAGAUUGGGAAAAGACCAGCUUGAGGCCUUAUAUCGAGUAUUUUAGGUCGUUCGUGGGUCAUUUGCUUAGGGACGAAAUGGGGCAGAAGGUGAAGAGGGAGAGGGAUGAGGGAGGCAAAAUGGAGUUUUGA